AAUCACUUUUCACUAUCCUCACCCACCCGUGAAGAACCACCUGCAUACCCUCCAAUCAGUGGCCGCCACAUCUGCUGCCCACCGAGGGGGAGCGGCGGGUGGCUUUAUCAGAUCACUAGAAAUUAUAAAAAUAUAAUUUCGAGAGAGCUUAGACGGAGAACAGUGUUCUGAUGCUCCGAAAGCAAGGAACGGUUUGCUGCUUCAAAUCUCAUUUUUCUCCUCGUACAUCUCUGGAAAUUAGGAGAGAGAAAGAGAGAGAGGUAGAGAGAGAAGAAGAAGGAGAAGAAAGAAUCUCGUACAUGUUCAAACCCUCCAUGUAUACUUUUUUGUGUUCGAAUGAAUGAAUCGACAGCAGAAACGCCAACAUUUUGAUGGCUUUUAUAUUUUGUUUGGCGAUUUCGGAGCUAUGAUCUUCCGGCGAGGCGGCGAUUGAUGGCGAUCGCUUGAUGCAGUGAGUUGAGGUGGUGUGGUGUGGAUUUGGUGGCGGUAGUGGUCGUUGCGGUGGAGGCCGGGAAUCGUGGCCGCUGAGUCGCGUCCGAGGAAAUGAACGGCGAUGCAGAGGUUGCUGCAGCUCCGGCUGGCCCAGCGCCGCCGCUGGAGUGGAAAUUCUCCCAGGUGUUCGGUGAGAGGACGGCCGGCGAGGAGGUUCAAGAAGUUGAUAUUAUUUCUGCGAUUGAGUUUGAUAAAACUGGUGAUCAUCUUGCUACUGGUGACCGUGGGGGCCGGGUGGUCUUAUUUGAAAGGAUUGAUACAAAGGAUCAAGGUGGAAGUCGAAGAGAUCUGGAGAGGAUGGAUUAUCCAAUUAGCAGGCAUCCUGAGUUCCGCUAUAAAACAGAAUUUCAGAGCCAUGAGCCUGAGUUUGACUAUCUCAAGAGUUUGGAAAUAGAGGAGAAAAUCAACAAGAUCAGAUGGUGCCAAGCAGCUAACGGUGCUCUAUUUCUUCUAUCUACAAAUGAUAAGACCAUUAAAUUUUGGAAGGUUCAAGAGAAAAAAGUAAAGAAAAUUUCUGAGAUGAAUGUGGACCCUUCAAAAUCUGUAGGAAAUGGCAGUGUUUCUAGUUCAAGUGUUUCAACUAGCCCUAGGGCACAUCUUGCAAAUGGAGGGUGUCCAGACAGAUCUUACAGCUAUUUGAGCAAUGACUUUGCAUUCCCAACAGGGGGCGUUCAGUCGCUACGGUUACCUGUGGUAGUAACCAGCCAGGAGACCAGUCUUGUGGCUAGAUGUAGAAGAAUAUAUGCACAUGCCCAUGACUAUCAUAUAAAUUCUAUAUCAAAUAACAGUGAUGGUGAAACAUUUAUAUCAGCCGAUGAUCUGCGGAUAAACCUUUGGAACUUGGAAAUUAGCAAUCAGAGUUUCAAUAUUGUUGAUGUGAAGCCCGCAAACAUGGAGGAUCUGACUGAGGUGAUAACAUCAGCAGAGUUUCACCCAAACCAUUGUAAUAUGUUAGCUUAUAGUAGUUCAAAAGGCUCAAUCCGCCUUAUUGAUUUGCGGCAGUCAGCUUUAUGUGAUUCUCAUGCCAAACUUUUUGAGGAACCGGAGGCACUUGGUUCAAGAUCAUUUUUCACAGAGAUAAUUGCUUCAAUUUCAGAUAUUAAAUUUGGAAAGGAUGGGCGUCAUAUACUUAGUCGUGAUUACAUGACGCUUAAGUUAUGGGACGUUAAUAUGGAUUCAGGCCCAGUCGCAACCUUCCAGGUUCAUGAAUAUUUAAGACCAAAGCUGUGUGAUUUAUAUGAAAAUGAUUCAAUCUUUGAUAAAUUUGAGUGUUGUCUAAGCGGUGAUGGGCUGCGUGUAGCAACGGGUUCUUACAGCAACCUAUUCCGCGUGUUUGGUUGUACUGCUGGCAGUACUGAAGCUACAACUUUGGAAGCCAGCAAAAAUCCCAUGAGGAGACAAGUUCAGACUCCUUCGAGGCCUUCCAGAUCAUUGAGCAGUAUAACACGUGUUGUCAGAAGAGGAGCAGAGAGCCCAGGCGUCGAUGCAAAUGGGAAUUCUUUUGAUUUCACGACGAAGUUGCUCCAUUUAGCAUGGCACCCUGCAGAAAACUCAAUUGCCUGUGCCGCUGCAAACAGCUUGUACAUGUAUUAUGCUUAAGGAUGGUGAAGGAAGAAAUGUUUUGUUGCUUGAAUGGCGAUUUUGGGUUGCUGUUGGAAAAGGCUUCUUUUCCCGCCAACUGGCUAAUAGGAGGCUGCAUCGUCUGUCACCAUUCAAGUGCCUCUUACAAAAUCUGUAGCACGUACUUUUAAAAAUGAGGUCCAAAAGUGGCUGCCUCAGAAUCUAUGAGGAAGCAAUUCGUCCUUGUUCUCGGACACAGCUCCCCCACCCCUUUUCUUUUUCUCCUCAUUCCUACCUCUAAUUUUCGUUGAUAUUUUUUUAGUUCUCAAAGAAAAGAUGCAGUUCUACUUCUAUUGUGCUGGGUUGAAGUAAGUGAUUGUAGCUCAUCUACAGCCAAAAAACUAAGGGAUGUUCAAUAUUGCCGCUAGGUUCAAGGUCAAUGUAGUUUUUACCCAUAUCUUGGUGGGGAGGAGCUGUUGAAAACUCUUUGUGCAUCAAUGUUAAUUCAUUUUUCUUUGUCUUUACUUUUUGUGAUUAACAUUUCAUUAGGAAUGGUUUGGAUAAGUCUCUUCUUAUUGUAACUUUUCCUUUUUGGGACUUUGAUUCAUCUUUGUAAACAGAAGUAAUAAUGGCUGUAGGUUUCAUUUGGGGAAAA